AUGUCUGCACCACCUAACCCAUUUACGCCUGCUUUGAUCGUCGUCGAUGUUCAGGAAGACUUUUGCCCGCCCAACGGCUCGCUCGCCGUACAGGACGGUCGCGCGAUCGCAGAACCCAUCAAUGCGCUACUCAAGCUGCCCUUCCCUCUGCGCAUCGCGACGCGCGACUUUCACCCCGCCAAUCACGUCUCAUUCGCCUCUGCACACGCCGACGCGAAGCCGUUCGAGACGAUAUUGACUAUCACCAACCCCCUGAACGCGGCCGAGACGCAAGAGAGUCGAGCAUGGCCUGAUCACUGUGUACAAGGCACACCGGGCGUGGAGAUCAUACCCGAGCUCGACGCGUCGCGCUUCACGCACGUCGUGGAUAAAGGCAUGGACGCGCGCGUGGAGAUGUACAGCGCUUUCUACGACCCUUUCCGCGUGAGCGUGUCCAAGCUACCGGAAUUGCUGAAGGAGGGUGGUGUCACGGAUGUGUAUGUGGUGGGGCUUGCGACGGAUUACUGCGUGAAGGCCACGGCGUUGGAUGCGGCUGGGGAAGGAUAUCGAGUUUGGGUCGUGAGCGAGGCAACGAAGGCAGUCGAUCCGAGUGGGUUGGGGAAGGUGCGAGAGGGUAUGGAGGAGAAGGGCGUGCGGUUCGUUGGCGUAGACGGGGAAGAGGUUGGCUGGGUUCAGAAGCUUCAAGACUCUGAGUGA